AUGCUUGUUUACCAAGGACAGCUGAAAGCCAACCCCGAUGGAGUUGAAUCGGUCACGGCUAUUCUUCCCACAAAGGCUGGAGCUGGAGCGCCAUGCAUAGUCUUAUGGCGCAAAGCCACUACAACAUCGACGAGUUCAAAAACUGUUAGCAGGGAACCGCCCAAUUUUGGAGAUUUUGAAGUGAUUCUGGAGAAAGAUGACAACGAGAAUAUCAAGUUCAAGUCGGCUACAUCGAAGUUGGAAUUAGAGUUCACCGGAGAUCAUAAGAUUGCUUCUCUCAGCUUUCAACCAGCAAAUGGAGGUCAAAUUCAGAAUAUAUAG